UCUUUAUCUAUACCCUUGCCUAUGAUCAUUUAUUUUUAUCAAAUCCACUUUGGCAACCCAACAAACCAGGUUCUCAUAGAUCCAGCCAUUUUCAACCAGUAUAUUGAGAUGAACCGCUCCAAGCCAGCCCAGAACAAGCGACACGGGGGAACUAACUCACGCAGUGAAAAUCACAACUCCGGGGCUCUUUAUUCUGCUGCGUCGUUGCCUGUUAGACCCAUUAUGGGAAACUUUUCCACCAUUGGCGUAUCGAGUACGGGAAGUCUUGCGGUUGGAGUUAGCGCCGAACGGUCGGCAGGAGCAAUGGUAUCGCCGAGUUCUCGAAAUGUCAGUCCGUCAUCCCACCAGAUCAACAUGAACUCUAGCAAUCUAGCUGGUCUGGAAGAGCUCAAGGAAGAGUCACUGCUUUCGAGGAGAGGAAAGGCUCCUGCCUCUCUAACCGAGACGAAAGCCGGCAUUCAGCAUUUUGCAAGGCCAGCGGAUAACUUGAAGGAGGAAAGAUCCGAUUUAUGUAAAGGUAAUGAAUGGAAAUUCGCCCUUUUUUCUCCAUAA